AUGGCGCCUGGACGACGCAAUACGACUGAAUCCGCUACAAACCCCAUACAACGCCCACUGCGCAUAGUCGCCUCCGGGACCCUCUUCCUCACCCAUACCCUCGAGCUCCCCACGCAUCCAUUGCCGAACAGCGUACUCCGCGCGAGCACUGUCAUACGCUCGCGUGGAGGCGCCGCCAGUACAUGUCUUUCCAUUCUUGCACAAUUCGCGCCAGUCGAGGCUCUGUUGGUCGCGCCCCUGGGAGGUAACGAAGACGGACGGAAGCUCAUACGAGACCUGGAGAGGGAGCGCGUCAGUACGCGGUUUUGUAAAGUCUGGGAGGAGGCUGGUGUUCCUAGCGCGUGGGUCCUACAUGCAGACGACACCGACUCGCGCACCGUCGUCAACAACAACCCUCUACCCGACAUCACGCACGAAGACUUUGUGUCCCUCCUCGGACCGCUGCUCGCCCCAGAGAACUACUUGUACUCUCCGCCUCUUGCGCCCGCACAUCUAACACCGAAUACCGCGAACGCGGCCUUCAAGCUGGAUGCCUUGCAACCACGGCCAUCCAUGUCGAGCAUGGAUGGCGUGCGACCAGCCGUUACCCUACCGAGAACAAACACGAGCAGCCCGGCGCCAUUUGACUGGGUACACUUCGAAGGCAGGUCAGUGAAGACGACGCUGAGCAACAUCAUGGGCCUGGAGGGUCUGGCACAAGAGCGGAAAUGGAGGAACCACUGCGUGUUCAGCGUCGACGUAGGUCGACGCGCCAAACAGGGUGUGGAAGCGCUCGUGCCCUACGCUGACGUGGUCUUUCUCAACAAGCACUACGCGCUGGCGCACUCGCCCCAAUACGCCGCUUCUCCGCGCGCGUUUCUCCUCUCGCUCACGACCCUCGCCGCGCCGCACGCGCUCCUCGUCGCGCACUGGGGCGAAGACGGCGCUGCGCUGCUCUCCGUUCCCACCCGGGAGUACUUCCAGAGCUCGGGCUGGGUCGCGGCGGACUCGAGCAGCCCCAGCGCGGCCGCGAUGCCCGUUCACUCGCGGCACACGACCGCCGCAGACGAUCACGAGAAUCUUGACACCACGGACGUGGUCGAAAUGCUCUCUGUGCGGACGGGCAGCGACUUCUGGGCGGGGCAGCACACGGACUCGUCGAGUGUGUUCACCGCGGGGAUGCUGUCAUCGUCCGUGGGGACCUCGCACGCGCCGCAGAGUCCGCCCCCGGGCGCGUCCGUGCCGCAGAGCCAGUUCAUGCACCAGCGCGACCGACGCGAGGGCUCCGCGGACUCGGACGAGACGCAGACGGGGAACGCGACGACGGGCUCGGCGCCGGACGCGCGGAGGAACGAGCCAUUCGGGGCCGAGAUCGUGGACGAGGUCGGCGCGCAAGACGCGUUUGUGGCGGGGAUGAUGUAUGCGCUGAGUCGGCGGCUGUUGCCGGGCGAGCCGUACACCCCGAGCGGGGCGAGUCGGGGCAGGGACGUCGGGUCGGAUGUGAGAGAGGUGGGGAGGUGGAGGUUGGAAGAGUGCUUGAGGUUCGCAACGGAGCUAGCUGGAAGGAAGGCUCGGAGACGAGGCUGGGAGGGACUAGCGGAGGAGAUGGCAAGAGUGGGAUGGUUUGAACCGUGA